AAUGUUUCAAUUCAGUAUAAAUUUUUCUUAUCCAACCUGACGGAGUAUAUAAUGAAGUACUAUAAAGUUUGUUUGCCAUAGCUCACAAGGUUCCCACUUCCCACUAGCAAACCCUGGCGCGGUGGCGGUCCCAAUUGUCUAAUGUUCCCACAUAAAUGCUAUCUGAUCUGGCUUUCUCCUUUGUCCUGUACGACAUUAGACAGCUUAGUUUGGUCAACUGCUUCUGACACUGUUUUUUCACUUCCUUUUUGGUCUUUUUCUAUGAUAUUCCUUCUCCUAAUCCUGUAGUUCUUCUGUGACAAUUCGUACAAUGGCCUGGAUUUGAUUUCAAUUAAUAGAAUUUUUCUUUUUUUCUGGAUUAGUACCCACAAAUCUUACUUAUAUGGGUCUUUCUUAGAAUUCAGAUUCCUUUUAUCAUCAAUCAGAAAUCCGUCUUAGAUUCAUGCGCCUUAUUUUGGAAUUACUUUCCAUGUUGAGUCGGGUUUUUUAUUUUCAUCUUGAAAUUUUGUCGUCAAUCGAAAAGAAUGUUCUGGGUUUUCGGAAUUUGAGAAAUCACUGUCUAGAUUUUUACCAAUGACUUAUGAAUCGAGUGCUGUCAGGCGAGAGAAAUAUUAGAGAACAAUUAUCGUGGAUUAUUACCCGUUAAAUGCUCGAAAUUGAUGUAUGUGAAUGCUUUUCUUCGGAGUAGGAUAAGAUUGUGAUUGGAAUGGUUUGAUUUCUGAGAAUUGAAUCUCAAAUGGAUAUAUCUAAUCGUAAUCAUUUGAGAUUCCUUGGUCUCCGUUUGAAUUCUCUGGCCUGCAAAUGUGUGGCACUGGUGGUCAUUGCUUUGGUUUUUAGAGCAGUUUUUCUUCCGACAUUUAACAAGAACCUAUUUGCAUUUGACAAUGGACCAUUGACAUUGAAUGGAGAAUUUCGUAUUGAAAAGACAAAAUUUUUGGAGGUUCCUCAAAUCAUUUGGGGGUUGAACAAUCAGAAAAUUGCAUUUGCAAGAGCAGCAUUAACCGCAAGAAUGCUGAAUAGAACGCUUUUGAUGCCUAGCAUGAGCGCGUCACUAUUUUAUAAAGAGGUUGAUUUGCUGCAACCUAUUUCAUUCGAUAAGGUCUUCCAAUUUGAAAAAUUUAACUCUCUUUGUAAGGGGUUUAUCCAAUUGGGUCGUUAUUCAGAGGUUUCCAACUUCAGUGAUGUUUUCGAGCUUCAAAAAGGGAGUGGAAGGAGGUGGACAGUCAAGAAAGAUUUAGAUCAGUUAAGACAAUUUAGCAGCAAUCCAUAUGACAGGUAUGAAAUCAUUCAGGUUGUUGGCAAGAACCCAUUUUUGUGGCAUGAUCAUUGGCCAGUUAAAGACUACGCGAAGGUCUUUGAAUGCUUAGUUUUGGUGGAAGAAAUAUCAAGAGAAGCUGAUAAGAUUGUUUCCAAGAUUAUAGAGAUUGGGUCGAAAGAAAUCCGUAAGGUUGGGCAGUCUCAAAUUGUUGUCGACUCAGUGCCUUAUGUAGCAGUUCACAUGAGAAUAGAAAAGGAUUGGAUGAUUCACUGCAAGAAGCUGGAACAAAGAUCAAAUAUAAGUGAAAUUUGUAGCAGUAAGGAGGAGAUUUUGGAGAGAGUGGGAAAUAUUGUCGGCCUGAAAACUCCGGCUGUAAUUUACCUUGCUGUGGCCGAUACCCUUCUUGAAGAUAACUCUAUACUAACCGGUUGGAAGGAGGGAUUGCUUCCUUUUGAGAAGAAAAAGUUAGGUGUUGUCGAAGUAUACAAGAAGCACCCGUAUCUCAUUCAAUCAGCCAUUGAUUAUGAAGUUUGCUUGAGAUCUGAUGUGUUUAUUGGGAACAGUUUUUCCACAUUUUCCAGCCUUGUUGUUCUUGAUAGAACCCAGAAGAUGAUCAAAAUGGGUGCUAGGAAUAUCUGUGGCGUGGAAGCUAAAUGGCCUUCUUAUUCAUACAAUUUACGUGGUCAAUCCAGAGGGCCCCGUCCAUGGUUGACGAAUAUGUCAGAUCUUAAUCUGCAAGCAAUUAGUUACGGUUCUAACAAUGUCUCGUGCCGAUUAAGUUCAUGAUUCUAGAUGAUCACCUGAUGCUUCCUUUGGAUGUUGGUCGUGCUGCUAUCAUGCAAUUGGUGAUAUUGAUACAAAUUUCUUUUAUCUGUAAACAAAGUGAGGUUUGGAAAUUAUUGGAAAGCAGAUAAGGAAAAAAUCAGGUUUACUUUUGUUUUUGUAAGUCUUAUAUUUGGAUCUUCUGGGUUUUUUAAUAUUUUUUGAAGUUCUGUAUGGUGAUGGGACAUGUAUCUUGGUGAAUA